GCAGGAGCAAACAUCGAUCUGAUGAGUUUCUCUAUGGAUAUUUUUCCUCCUAAUCUCAGAAAGGUGACAUUAUCAUUUACUUUUAUACCAUGGGAAGUUAUGGACUUGCUGGCUGAUUUACCCAAUCUUGAGGUGCUUAAAGGGUAUGAUGCAUUCAAAGGAACAGAGUGGAUACUAAAUGAAAAUGUUGUGUUUCGGAAAUUAAAAUAUCUACCGAUUCUAGACGCAGAUCUGAAAAGAUGGGAAGCUCAUAGUGAUAAUUUUCCUAUGCUUGAGCAACUAAUACUGCAUCGCUUCCGUGUUCUCCAAGAGAUUCCUGACAGUAUUGGAGAAAUAAUGACACUAAAAUUCAUCGAAAUUAAAAAUUGUGGUCCUACAGUUGUCAGUAGUGCAAAUAAAAUUCAACAGGACCAAGAAAGUUGGGGAAAUUAUGACCUUCAAGUUCAAAUUACUCCUAAGUUAAUUACAAUCUCAGAAAUUUCAAGCAAAUCGACACAAUGUAUUUUGAAAGUUCGUGUUGUUCGAAUGUGGCUAUCAAAUAGAUACAAGUCAGGAAUACCUCUUUCAAUACAGUUGGUUUUGCAAGAUGAAAAGGGUGAUCAUAUAUCUGCAUCAAUUGUAGGGUCUGCAGUUAAGUAUUUGAAGGACAAGAUUCAGGAACUUGGUUUAUAUGAGAUGAACAACUUUAUUGUAGCCAAUUUCACCACUUCGACACACAAACACAGGCUGAUAUUUACACAAAAUACAAUUGUGACAGAAAUAUCCGAUGCAUUAUUUCAUAUGAAUAUCUUUAAUUUGCGCACUUUUGAUCAAUUGACAACUCAACAUAAUGUGGAUGAGGCUGUACUAUUCGAUGUUAUUGGGCAGGUUGUCACUUAUGGACCAAUUCAAAUAGACGAAAAAGCAGAGAACACCCGUUGUAAUAUGACAGUUGUAUUAGAAGAUGAUAAAAAAAAUAGGCUUUGCACAACUCUAUUUGAUGAAUUGACAGAUCAAAUCCGACCUCAUCUAUGUGGAUCUGCAAAUGAACCAUUGAUUAUUGUUUUGCAAUUAGUGAAGGCUUUCAAAUUUAGAGAAAACUACUAUGUUCAUAGUUGUCGGCAAUCCAAACUUUGGAUAAAUCCUAAUCUACCUCAGCCUACUGAUUUUAAAAAUAGAUUAGUUGCAUCAUCUGGUUCGAAACAUGAGAGAAUUUUUCAGACAAAUUCACAACAUAUUUCGGAUGAGUUGUCGAAAGGAAUUGUGCCUUUUAAAUUUCUUAGUGAUUUAAUUGAAUGCACAAAAGAAUCUGCCUAUUGGAUUGCUGCAAAAAUUGUUUGUUUGAAACUUGAUCAUGGAUGGUCAUACUUGGCUUGCAACAUAUGUUUUACACGGGUGGACCAAGAGGGAAAUAAAUAUUAUUGUUCAGAAUGCAAUAAGGAAGUAAAAUAUGUUAUUCACAGGUACAAUCUUCAAAUGUAUGUUAUGGAUGGAACUGCAUUUAUAUCAUUAUUUCUUUUGAAUAGAGAGGCUUUACAACUAGUAGGAAAGUCCGCAAAAGAAUUAAAUGAAGGAUUACUUGAAGAUGUUGAAUGCUCUUAUCCAAGCGAGCUUGAUGAUUUAAUUGAGAAAAAAUUCAUGUUCAAGGUUAGGAAUAAGGAAUUAAACAUUAAAGGAAAGGAUCUCUCUUAUGAAGUUGUUAGGUUUACUGAUGAUGAAACUCUUCUAAAGACAUAUUGUCAUCCUUCGAUUCAAGACAUUUUGAAUGAUUCAUCCUUUGAUUAUGGACAAAGCUCUGAUAGAGAUAAACAUUUUGAGUUUAAUACAAUAUCAGAAAUCUCAAGCAAAUCAAUGCAAUGGAUUUUGAAAGUUCGUGUUAUUCGAAUGUUGAUAGUGCCGGAUAAACACAAGUCAAAAUUACCUUUUUCUUUAGAGUUGAUUUUGCAAGAUGAAAAGGGCGAUCGUAUACAUGCAUCAAUUGGAAAGUUUAUAAUUAAGUGUUUCAAGGAUAAGAUUCAGGAACUUGGUUUAUAUCAGAUGGAAUACUUUGUUGUAGCUGCAAAUUGCGCAAAAUUAAAGAGUUCAAAACACAAGCACAGACUAAUAUUUACAAAGAACACAAUUGUGACGGAAUUACAUGAUUCAUUAUUUCAUAUGAAUAUUUUUAAUUUGCGCACUUUUGAUCAAUUGACAAAUCAAGAGAACAUGGAUGAGACUGAACUAUUCGAUGUUGUUGGACAGGUUGUCUCUUAUAAACCAUAUAAAUUCAGCAAGGAAGAAGAUAAUGAUGAUUGUUUUUUUAAAGUUAUACUAGAAGAUGAUAAGAAAGAUAGGCUUUCAACAAUUUUAUGGAGCAAACAUGCGUAUCAAAUUCAACCUCAUUUGUGUGAGUCUGCAGAUGAACCAUUGAUUGUUGUUUUGCAAUUAAUGAUGGGUCACAAAAUAAGAGAAAACUACUAUGUUCAUAGUUGUUGGGAUGAAACGAAACUUUGGAUAAAUUCUAAUCUGCCUCAGCCUACUGAUUUUAAAAACAGAUUAGUUGCAUCAUGUGGUCCAAAAUUUGAGAGGAUAUUUCAGACAAAUCCACAACAAUAUAUUUGGGAUGAGUUGUCUAAAGGAAUUGUGCCUUUUAAAUUUCUUAGUGAUUUAAUUCAAUGCACUGAAGAAUCUGCCUAUUGGAUUGCUGCAAAAGUUGUUUAUUUGAAACUUGAUCAUGGAUGGUCAUACUUGGCAUGCAACAAAUGUUUCACAGAGGUGGACCAAGAGGAAAACAUAUAUUAUUGUUCAAAAUGCAAUGAAGAAGUAAUAUCUAUUAUUCACAGGUACGAUCUUCAAAUGUAUGUUACGGAUGGAACUGCAAUUAUAUCAUUAUUGCUUGGGAAUAGAGAAGCUUUACAACUAAUAGGAAAGCCUGCAAAAGAGUUAAAUGAAGGAUUACUUGAAAAUGUUGAAUGUUCUUAUCCAAGUGAGCUUGAUGAUUUAAUUGAGAAAAAACUCAUGUUCAAGGUUAGGAAUAAGGAAUCAAACAUUAGCAAAAAUGAUGAUGUCUAUAAGGUUAUUGAGUUUACUAAUGAUGAAACUCUUCUAAAGAAGUAUUGUCAACCUUCGAUUCAAGUCACUUUAAAUGAUUCCUCCUUUGAUUAUGGACAAAGCUAUGGUGGAGACAAACAUUUUAAGUUUAAUACAAUCUCAGAAAUCUCAAACAAAUCGAUGCAAUGGAUUUUGAAAGUCCGUGUUAUUCGAAUGUACUGGAUGGUGCCGGAUAAAUACAUGCCAAAAUUACCUUUAUCUUUACAGUUGAUUUUGCAAGAUGAAAAGGGCGAUCGUAUACAUGCAUCAAUUGGAAAGUUUAUAAUUAAGUGUUUCAAGGAUAAGAUUCAGGAACUUGGUUUAUAUCAGAUGGAAUAUUUUGUUGUAGCUGCAAACUACUUUGGAAGAAAGAGUACAAAACACAAGCACAGCCUAAUAUUUACAAAGAACACAAUUGUGACGGAAUUACAUGAUUCAUUAUUUCAUAUGAAUAUUUUUAAUUUGCGCACUUUUGAUCAAUUGACAAAUCAAGAGAACAUGGAUGAGACUGAACUAUUCGAUGUUGUUGGACAGGUUGUCUCUUAUAAACCAUUUAAAACCAACAAGGAAGGAGAUAAUGAUAAGCGGUUAUUUAAAGUUGUACUAGAAGAUGAUAAAAAAAAUAGGCUUUCAACAAUUUUAUGGGGCAAACAUGCGUAUCAAAUUCAACCUCAUUUGUGUGAAUCUGCUGAUGAACCAUUGAUUGUUGUUAUGCAAUUAAUGCAGGUUCGCAAACUAAGAGAAAACUACUAUGUUCAUAGUUGUUGGGAUGAAACGAAACUUUGGAUAAAUUCUAAUCUGCCUCAGCCUACUGAUUUUAAAAACAGAUUAGUUGCAUCAUGUGGUCCAAAAUUUGAGAUGAUAUUUCAGACAAAUCCACAACAAUAUAUUUGGGAUGAGUUGUCUAAAGGAAUUGUGCCUUUUAAAUUUCUUAGUGAUUUAAUUCAAUGCACUGAAGAAUCUGCCUAUUGGAUUGCUGCAAAAGUUGUUUAUUUGAAAAUUGAUCAUGGAUGGUCACACUCGGCUUGCAAGAAAUGUCUUACAGUGGUGGACCAAGUGGAAAACAGAUAUUAUUGUUCAAAAUGCAAUAAAGAAGUAAUAUCUAUUAUUCACAGGUACAAUCUUCAAAUGUAUGUUACGGAUGGAACUGCAUUUAUAUCAUUAUUGUUUUUGAAUAGAGAGGUUUUUCAACUAAUAGAAAAGCCCGCGAAAGAGUUAAAUGAAGGAUUACUUGAAAAUGUUGAAUGUUCUUAUCCAAGUGAGCUUGAUGAUUUAAUUGAGAAAAAACUCAUGUUCAAGGUUAUGAUUGAGGAAUCAAACAUUAGCAAAAAGGAUGAUGUCUAUAAGGUUAUUGAGUUUACUAAUGAUGAAACUCUUCUAAAGAAGUAUUGUCAACCUUCGAUUCAAGUUACUUUAAAUGAUUCCUCCUUUGAUUAUGGACAAAGCUAUGGUGGAGACAAGCAUUUUGAGAAGACUAAGGCCGCUCGGAGGGCAUCUAUCAUUGAUGAGGAGUUGCGGCAGCAGAGGAUUAGAGAGAUUGGUGUUGGUGCCUCUAGUAGUGUGAGCACCACUGAUGGUGUGGUGAGGGUAGAUGUUAACACUAUUGAGGGUGUUGAGACUGAUGCGGGCACUACUGAGGGUGACCCAAUUUUUAAUCCAGCGGGCUUCGGGAAAACGGACCCACCCACUUGUUGAUAGGUCUUCGGCGCUAUGCGCCACAGGAAAUAGGCUUGGACGAGGUUAAGAGAGACAACAACUGAAAUUUUGCAGAAGGAGCCACCUACGGAAGUGACCUACAGAUCGUAGGUCCAGUCACGCUCCUUAGGUGGGUGGCGUAGAUGGAGCAUUAGGGAAGUCUUGACCAAGUGUGGAAACAGAGGCCAUUGACAGACCUUAGGUCGACCCACGGGCCGUCCUGCACAUCUGUCGUUUGUAUCAGAGAUUUUGAGUUCCAGUACCUGAUGAGAAGUUCUAAGUGUGGAGCCACGGAAGGGGACUCUGCACAACCGUCGUUUGCAUCUGAAAGUUGAAGGUUCCAACCUCUGUGGAAAAAUUCUAAGUCCUGAGCUACGAAAGAGACCUACGGACCGUAGGUCGAUCUAUGGUCCAUAGGUCAGUCUGGUCGAUUAAAGCCGCAUCCAAUAGUUUAUUUCCUUAUUCGUUUCCAUUUUGUUUAGGAUAAUGUUUUCUAUAAAUAGGGUAUGUAAACCUCGUUUUUGGAGGUUAGACAUUGUUGUUAACUCUUAGUUCUUGGUAUUUUCUUGGGAAUUAACUUGCAAACUCUAGCAAUUUGAUUUCCUAAAUUCGGUUUAUAGAGAUUCUUGCUUUCAAUUUCAAUUGGAGAUUACGGGUUUCUUCUA